AUGGUUAGAAGAAAGCGGCACUCGGCGCUCUCCCCUUUCCACUCCCCCUCGAACCGCCCCGAACUCGGCGUCGUCGGCCCCCGUUCACCCCACGGCCGCGCGCGGGGCCGGGACGGGGCAGAAUCAGGUUCGGAUAACGUAGACAGCUGUAGUAGGAGUAGGAGUAGUAGCACGACUAUUUCCAGCUCUCCCGUCCUCGCCUACAGAUCUAGACCGACCGGGUCGCCGUCCCGCUGUCAGGGCCAGACCGUCGCGGGAGCGCGCUGCUGGACGGGGAAGGGAUCGGCGCCGGGCCGGUACGGUACGAAUCGAUGGAUCGGUGGAUCGAUGGAUCGAUGGAUGAGCGGUGGGACGAAUCCGUGUGGCUGGAACCCGAGUCGUGGUUUGCCUUUGUUUGCUUGCUUCGUUGGGAUGGUUGGUGUACCCGAGGGAAGUUUGCUGGAUCUAUCCCGGAUUCCUGAUCGGGCUGGAGAGGGCUGAAUUCAUGCUGUCGAUGAGGUCCAAGUACGGAGUAAGUCCCACGCAGCAUGGCUGGCAUGGCCUCGCUUCUUGCUGCCCUGUUAUGGAAGGC